AUGAUGAACAACGUGCUACAACAGCUGAAAGAUCGUACGUUCGCGCUGCGCGAGACACUCCUCGUCCGCGUCGUAUCCACGAUUCUGACGCCUUUCAUCCUGAUCCUGGGGAUGCUAAUGCGCUCGCAUGACCGCAAAGGCAAUGGAGAACGCGCGCCAGGACUUACCCGCUACCGGCAAUAA